AUGGAGGCCCUAGUGUCAGAUCUUAGGCGGCUCAGGCUCUACAUCGACGACGCGCUCGACGAGCCCCCGAUCGACAAGAUCGUCGCGGCUUUUCAUCGCGCAUACAGUCCCAGGGCAAGAUUGGCGAUGCCGGCCACGCAUCGGCGCCGGGAGGAGCAGCAGUUGCUCGAGAUUUUGCGGAUGGAGCAAUCGCUCAAGAAAUCUCUCUCCUGGCAGAUCGUCGAUGGAAAUUUCUCCUCCGGCAGCUCUUCCAGAUCCAGUUGCCGGCCCUUCUCUUCUUCUUCAUCGUCGUGCUCCAGUGAUUCUUCCUCGAGCUCGCCAUCGAAAGAUCCAUCCGAGGCAGCAACUCCAAAGCUGUUGCCGAUGACUGUGAGUCCGAGCUUGGACUCCAUCGAUGCGAUUCGAGAUCCCGCAAAAGUUUUUCUAGAUCAAUGCUCGUCGUUAGAGAGGCAGCAGCAUGCAGAGACGAUGAAUUCUUCUGUUUUCCAGGAGGCACCGCAGUCGCAGCCAAGAUCCUCGAGCUCUCUUCACGAAUCUCAAGAACUUGUCAAGGAACACCUGGUCACAUUCGUCGACGAGUUGAUCGGAGUGGUCCAGCUCCAAGAGGGGCUUCUCAACAACAUGGUGGAAAACAACUUGAAAGACUCGCACACUUUGAAGAGUUCGAUGGAUGGCCAUCGAGAUCUCCAUCGCGAUCGCAACGAAGUGGCUGCCAGAUCUUUUUCCCCUGCUGCGAGCCAAGACGAUGGCGUGGAAGAGCUCAAGAAGAGGGUGAUGGAGCUGGAGACCAUCCAAAGCCACUGGCUGGAUGUAGAGGAAAGCAAAGGUUUAGUUCUCCGGCGUGGGUUCCUGGCGUUGCUCCAGGCAAUCCUCCUGUGUAUAUGUCUUGUCUCUCUUUUAUCUCGAAUAGCAAAUGCCGGGAUCACUCCCACUUAG